CAACAUUAUUUAUUAGUUUGCGUUUUUGAAAUAAAAUAGAAGAAAGUUUGAUUCACAUGGCAGGUCUCGGGAUUUAAUUAAAACCUAAUACAUUUAUAAGAUAUAGGUAAGCGUGUUUUACACAUUUAACUCUUUUUUUGUUUACAUCUAAAACAAAACAAAAUAAAACCGGGAAGAAACUCAGGAAAAAACUAUGAAGAACAGAAAUACUAGCUACAUAGACCAGCGACUCAAACAGAGAGUUGAACAGUACCUGAAAUCCACCAACACACAGUAUGUUGAUGUUGCUGAAAUGGCUGCAGAAUUUCAGCAACAGUACAGGAUGGAUUAUGGCCGAAGGAACAAAACAGCCUUUCGGAUACAGGUGGAAAAAGUGCACAAGGUCAUAUGUGAUGAGUCUGGGAUCUCAGCACUGGAAGACAAACACUUGGCUAAAAGAGCAAGACGCAGCAAAGAGGACGAGGGUGAGGACAGCAGUGUGCUGAGUGACAGCUCAGACAGCGAGGCAGAUUUCUCUGAAAAUGAGAACACCAAUCACAUGAACAACUCACUGAUGUCCCUGUAUUGUAAGGGAAAUCCUGAGAACAGAGCAGGGAAAAAGGAGCAGGGCAACAGCAGCCCAAAUCCAGCCCCACAGAAGGGUUCAGCAGCAGAGGGCAGCAGUAGAAGUUGUACCUCAAAUCCCACCACCACUGUUUCUGCAGGUGGCUGGUUCAUUGAUAAGACAGGAAGAAAAGAUCAGGAAAACAUCCUGAUCGACUUGUCUGCCGAAUCAGCCAGCUCUGCGGUCACGAAAGACACCGAUUUAUCAGCGCUGGAGCCUGAAAAGAAGCCAAAGAGCAAGAAGAAAGAACAAAGAAAAAAACAGAAAGAAGGAGGUAGUAAAGGUGUAGAUGCUGACAUCGAGGAAGGUGUCAUGGCCAAAAAAGCUCGGACCAAACCUCCCGAACUUCAGCAUUCCACAGUGAAGUUUGAAGACGUUGGCGGUAGUGAGGAAACUCUGACGGAGUUGUGUAAAUUACUCAUCCAUAUGCGUCAUCCUGAAGUGUAUCAGCAGCUAGGAGUGGUGCCUCCACGAGGUUUCCUUCUUCAUGGGCCACCUGGCUGUGGGAAAACCCUCCUCGCUCAAGCUGUUGCUGGGGAAAUGGAGUGGCCCAUAUUGAAGGUCUCUGCUCCAGAGCUGGUGUCGGGCAUCUCGGGGGAAUCGGAGCAGAAACUACGUGAGCUGUUUGAGCAAGCUGUGAGCUGUGCUCCCUGUAUUCUGUUCAUUGAUGAGAUUGAUGCCAUCACCCCAAAGAGAGAGGUGGCCUCCAAGGACAUGGAGAGACGGAUUGUUGCUCAGUUACUCACCUGCAUGGAUGACUUGAAUUCCUCACACAUCCCAGCUCAGGUGUUGGUUAUUGGCGCCACCAACCGGCCCGAUUCUUUAGAUCCAGCAUUGAGAAGGGCGGGCCGUUUCGACAGAGAAAUCUGUCUGGGAAUACCAGACGAAGGAGCACGUAUCAAAAUUCUUCGUACUCUUUGUCGGAAGCUGAAGCUGGCAGCAGACUUUGACUUUGCACAGCUGGCACGGCUCACACCUGGAUAUGUCGGUGCGGAUCUGAUGGCACUGUGCCGCGAGGCAGCCAUGACUGCUGUAAACCGACUCCUGCUGCUGCAGCUCGAAACUGGCACCAAGUGUCAGAACAUCAAUGAUGACAGUACCAAGUCCCAGGAUGUAAGCAUGUCCAGUGAUGUGGCAGAAGACAGUGGACAGGCUUCUGAUCAUUUAAAUGCAAAACAGGGGGAGCUAGAUCAACUGCUGUCUCUGCUGAGAAACAGCGAAUCUCUGAGUGAGGAACAGCUUUCUGAUCUCUGCAUUGUAAUGGAUGACUUCAAGGAGUCUUUGGCACGGGUCCAACCAUCUGCCAAACGUGAAGGUUUUGCCACUGUGCCUGAUGUCACCUGGGAUGAUGUCGGUGCACUGCAAGACAUUCGGGAGGAACUCACCAUGGCCAUUUUGGCUCCUAUACGUAGUCCAGAGCAGUUCAAAGCCCUGGGAUUGAGUGCCCCUGCUGGAGUACUGCUUGCUGGACCUCCAGGCUGUGGAAAGACUCUUCUUGCCAAAGCUGUUGCCAACGAGUCUGGUUUGAACUUUAUAUCUGUCAAGGGUCCCGAGCUACUGAACAUGUAUGUUGGUGAAAGUGAACGGGCAGUACGCCAGGUGUUCCAGAGAGGACAAAACUCUGCCCCCUGUGUCAUCUUUUUUGAUGAGAUUGAUGCCCUUUGCCCUAGACGGUCUGGCCAUGAGUCAGGAGCCAGUGUGCGUGUCGUCAAUCAGUUGCUGACUGAGAUGGAUGGGUUGGAGACGCGUCGCCAGGUAUUUAUCAUGGCCGCCACCAACCGGCCAGAUAUCAUUGAUCCAGCAGUGAUUCGACCAGGUCGUUUAGACAAAACAUUGUACGUGGGUUUGCCUCCAGCUGAAGACAGACACGCCAUAUUGGUCACUAUUACCAAGGGAGGAACUAAACCUCGCCUGGCCUCAGACGUGAACUUGGAGGAAAUUGCCCAUGACGAACGGUGCGACUGUUUCACUGGGGCAGACUUGUCAGCACUAGUUAGAGAGGCUUCAGUUAAUGCAUUAAGAGCCCAUCUCUACUCCCAGACAGCUGUACGACAUGCAGGGCAUACAUCCUCCGGGUCUGUUAAAGACAUAAGAGUUAGCAGACAAAAUUUCGAGGAGGCUUUUAAGAAGGUGCAGCCGUCGGUGUCCAAAGAAAACCGGCUCAUAUACGACAAACUGCGCCAAUCUCUCUCUAGGGAGUAGCCGAGAGUAUUGUUUUUUUUAUUGUUUUGAUGUUCAAAUAAACAUUUCUUUUUGGAGUUCA